UUGUCUGCAGAUUUUGGGAAACCUCUGGCUGCGCGCGCGAGGUGCCACAUGAAAACGGAAUAUAUGGAACCACGGAAAGCGGUCGUCAUGCUGCUGUUCCUCCUGCAGUUGUUGGUCCUCGUGUCGUGUGACCCUCCGCGGUGUGCAUUUCGAGGACAGUGCAAGCCAACGGUGGAGGUCAAACCCAAAUGCUCGGACGUGCCUCUGUCCUACUGCGACGACAUGGCCUACACCCGCACCACGUUCCCCAACAUCCUCGGCCACCAGACCCGCGAGGACGCCGAGUCGGGCGCCGAGUACCUCCUGGUGAGCGUCGCAGAGUCGCUGCUCGGCGGCAUGUGCAACCCCGACAUCCGCAUGCUGGGCUGCUCCGUGUUGGCGCCCCGCUGCGAGAAGGAGACGCUGCUGAGGCCCUGCCGCACCGCCUGCGAGGCGGCGCGCAGAAGGUGCGGCCACGCCUUCGAGGGGAUCGACAUGGCCUGGCCCUACUUCCUGGACUGCGACCGCUUCUUCGCCAGCGAGCAGGAGGGAUGUUACGACCCGCUGGAGGGCCUCAGAGCCGAGCAGGACGCGGAGCCCGUGGACAGCAUGGAAGAGGCUCCCCCGAGAGACCCCGCCACGACGAUGCAGUUCACCUACCACACCCACGCCCAGAUGGUCGGCGCCUUGAAGAGGGUCGAGGAGCGAUGCUUCGACGUAGCGAGGACCUACAGCGUGGGCCGCAGCACGGAGGGCAGGGAGCUGCUGGUGAUCGAAUUCUCCAACAACCCCGGACGACAUGAACUGCUCGAGCCAGAGUUUAAGUACAUCGGCAACAUGCACGGGAAUGAAGUCCUGGGCCGCCAGCUGCUGAUCUACUUGGCUCAGCACAUGUGCUCGGAGUACCAGCUGGGCAACGAGCGCAUCCAGACCCUCAUCAACACCACCCGCAUCCACAUCCUGCCCUCCAUGAACCCCGACGGGUGCGAGUUGGCCGUUUUUGGACUUCCGGACAACAACUACGGGGACGACGACGAUGAGGAGGAGCAGGGUCCCAGAUAUGAAUCUUGGAACACCGGCCGCAAUAAUGCCCAGAACAUCGACCUGAACCGGAACUUCCCGGACUUGACCUCGGUCGCCUACAGCCGGCGCAGACAGAAGCGCCACCGCACCGACCACAUCCCGAUCCCGGACCACUUCUGGUUUGGUAAGGUGGCGCCGGAGACUUACGCCGUCAUGAAAUGGAUCCGCUCCAUCCCGUUCGUGCUCUCGGCCAACUUCCACGCCGGGGACCUGGUGGUGUCCUACCCCUACGAUCUGUCCAAACACCCGCUGCAGCGCAACAUGUUCUCCCCGACGCCGGACAACAAGGUAUUCAAGCUUCUCGCUAGGACAUACGCGACCGCCCAUGGGACGAUGUCCAAUGGAGACCCCCGGUGUGGAGCGUCUCGCACGGACGGUCCCAGGGGAACCGCUAACGGAGCGCAGAGGUCCAGCAUCGCGGGCGGCAUGCAGGACUUCAACUAUCUCCACAGCAACUGCUUCGAGGUGACCGUGGAGCUGGGCUGUGAUAAAUUCCCCCCCGAGGAGGAAUUGUCCAGCGGCUGGCAAGAAAACUACGAGGCUUUGAUCGAAUUCAUGGAAGCGGUCCACGGAGGCAUCAAAGGAAUCGUUAAGGAUGAGGAGGGCAACGCCGUCAAAGGCGCGCGGAUAUCAGUCCGGGGAAUACGCCAUGACAUCACCACAGCUGAAGACGGAGACUACUGGCGUCUCCUCACCCCCGGCGUCCACAUCGUCACGGCCUCGGCGCGCGGCUACUCCAGGAGCAUGAAGAAGGUCCACUUGCCCCGACGCAUGCACGCGGCGGGCCGGGUGGACUUCGUGCUGCAGAGAGCCGCGCCGGAGCUGGACCCGCAAAAGGAGGAGGAGGAGGAGGAGGAGGAGGAGGAGGAUGAGGAGGACUCCCACGACCGCUUCGACCCGUACAACCAGUACGAGCGCUACGCCCUGGUGUCGGAGUCGAGCCCGAGCCGCGAGGAGAGGGCGGAGAAGCCCUGGUGGUGGAACUACUUUGUCCAGCCAGGAGGCCCCGCGCCGACAUGGCUGCUGAAGCACCACUAGAGAAGAAAGCAGGGUAUCGACUGCUCCAGGUGACUCUCCUCAAGGUGUUGCUCCAAGCUAGCUGGCUGGCCUUCGAUGUUAGCUUUGAGCCUUUUACCUACGCAUGGUCUGUUUGGACCCAGCGUUUACUUUAGUUCAUAGAAGUAUGUCAAGAACUUUCAUGACAAUUUCACAGUGGAAAUAAAUAUAUGAGCUUUUGUAUCAACAGCUGCUCUUAUUCAAGUUUUUCUUUGACAUUUUGGGGAGGCAGCCGUGUGGCAACAUUAUUAGGUAAUGAAAUAAGGUGGCCACUAGGGGGCAGGUUUAAUCAACUUGUGACCCAAGUUUUUUCUUCCACACAGUGUACAAUUUGUACAAAAAGCAACAAUAGUUCUGCGCAGUUGUCUCUCUUAACAAAAAGCUCAGAUAUUUCAUGAGGUUAAAAAGACUUUCUUUUGAAUUUGUUUCUGUUUAACUGUUGCUGAGCUGUUGUUUACACAUCUUAAUAGAAAAUACGACACAAAGUAAGUGAUUUUAAAAAGCCUUGUGUUACUUCAAAUAAACGUAACAUAAUUGGAGUUGUCAUGAAAUUAGGCAUUUCCAAUUUUUUUGUGUUAAAAAUGAAUGGACGAUGAGUUAAAAGCAUUAAAUUGUUUCACAAGGACCAACAGAGUCUGUUUGGCUGCAGCUCAUCCAAAUUAAUCUCAUGCCCCCGAACAAAACAUACGUAGAAAAUAAUAAUAAUAAUAACACACGUUCUCCUUAACAAAAUCAAACAUAUGAUCGCCCCAAUAAAAAGCAGUAGGAAAUGGAGUAAAGCGAGUAAAGCGUGCUGCAGCGUAUCUGGAGACCAGUGAAGUCCCAAAUCCUAGAAACAAAACAGCUCAUUCUGUAAGGCCCCCGAAAGAAGCAUGGGAAAAGAAAAUCACCUCCGUGUAAAGGUCGAGGUGUAACAUUACGCAAAAUUUCACCAGUCGGUGAAAAAAAUAAUCAGAGGGGAGAGGGGGAUUUACUAAACACAAACACAUGAUUUGGCAUCAAACCCUCUCGGCCGAGCAGGGAGACCUACAGUAGAGCUCCACACACAGUAAGUAACACAUGACCUGUCGGGAUGCUGUCAGGUGGCACCAACAAUAUCUUUCUCCAUUGUACAACGCAUGUUUAGAAACACAGGCGAUCGAGUUGAGACAACUUUGAAUUACAGGAAGCGAAGGUAGUUCAUAUUAAAAUAUUACUUUAUCUUAAUAGACCCAUGUGAAAUGUAAGUGCUUCAAUUUAUAGUAAGACCCAUAAUGAGCUGUUACAGUAAAACAAAGACUUGAACAAAACUUCUUCCUCCGUCCUUUUUUAAAUUUUUUUUAAUUUGAUUCAAUUGUUUGUUUUGUUUGAAUAGGUGACACCACCACGGCUCAUGUUGUUUUUAAUUAUUAGAAACCGAGCUGUGAAUAAAGAGUAAGUGUCAUUUGGGACAUUAAGGCUUACUUAGUGCGAUUGUUGAAGAUGAAAAGGCAACUCAAACUUUCCUUUUUUGUCAUUGUCAUAUUUCAUACUAAGUCCAUGGCAUUCAUUUAAAACUUGCACUGAAGCCCUUUUCAUGUGACCAAUUUUAAAAUUCUGACAUUGUUUGAAAAAAAUUGUCUGUGCCUAGUCGGGUUAUUGUGCAACACUAAGUACAACCAAUUCACAUCUCCAACUGUCAUGUAUCGGAGACAUGCAAUGCACCAAUAACUACACGUGUUUGUUUUUUUAUGUGCAACAGUGGAAAAGACUUAUUGUG